GUCCGCCAACGCCCGAUGGCGUUAGCGAGAGAAGCACUGUGAAACGAACUCGUGCUCGUCCAAGGGCCGAGUCACAACGUCCAGGGGACUUCUGAACUGCUCAAACAGCUACCAAGUUUAGCCUUUUCUCCAUGUCUCGCUCUAAUGAGCAGCCCUUCAGCAUAUCAAUCCCAGAUGCCGAGCUUGAGCUGCUGCAUGAGAAGUUGCGGCUGGCUCGCCUUCCCGACGAACUAGAUGAAGCAGGUUGGGCAUACGGGGCUCCUCUCGCUGACAUCCGUCGCCUUGUCGAGCAUUGGCAAAGUGGGUAUGACUGGCGGAAGGCGGAGGCGGAAAUCAACGCAAUCCCCCAGUUCACGAGAGACAUCGAGGUGGACGGAUUCGGCACGCUGAACAUUCACUAUAUCCAUCAGCGAAGUGCGAUAGAGAGCGCUGUGCCUCUGCUGUUCGUUCACGGAUGGCCAGGACAUUUCCUUGAAGUGCGGAAGUUGUUGCCGUUGCUGACUGAGGCGUCGGAGGACCAUCCGAGCUUUCAUGUGGUUGCCAUCAGUCUGCCAGGCUACGGGUGGUCCGAGGCACCGAAAAGGAAGGGUUUCAAAGGGCCCCAAUAUGCGGAGGUCGCGAACAAGCUGAUGCUCGCUCUUGGGUAUAAUGAAUACGUGGCCCAAGGCGGCGAUUGGGGAUAUUUUAUUUGCCGGAUGCUCGCAUCGGAAUAUGGUCAGAAGAGUGUAAAGGCGUGGCACACGAAUUCCCCUUUCACUGGUCCGCCAAGUGUUUUCGAACAGCCAUUGCGGUUCAUUGCCUCUGUAGGCUCGCUCCUGAUGCUGCCGUUCUCUCCGGCCGACCGCGCUGCACUGCAGCGUACGAAAGAACUCCAAGAGAAAGGCUUUGGAUAUUUCAAGGAGCAGUCUACGCAGCCUCAGACGCUCGGAUACAGUCUAGCUGAUUCGCCCGUUGGUCUGCUGGCAUGGAUAUACGAGAAACUAGUUACUUGGACUGACAACUACCCGUGGGAUGACGAUGAAGUUUUGACGUGGAUAUCUAUAUAUUGGUUCUCAAGAGCAGGCCCAGCUGCAUCCAUCAGGAUCUACUUCGAGACGACGCAGAAUGGAGAUUUGAUGCCAGAGGCAAAGUGGAGCCCGAUUCCACUCGGUAUCUCAUUCUUCCCAAAGGAGCUGGUCGUGGUACCCAAAACAUGGGCACGGGGAAUCGGGAAUGUCGUUUUUGAGUCUGACCACGACAGCGGGGGUCAUUUUGGGGCUCAUGAGCGGCCCAACGAGCUCGCAGCUGACCUCCGUAAGCUGUUCGGCAAGGGAGGGCCUGCCUUUGGGGUUGUGCCAGGUGCCACUGGGUAUGCUUGAAGGGUGCUGUGCAGGGUGAUGAGUCGCUGGCCUUGACCGACCUGUCAGUCAUUCUAGGGGCAAUGCGGAUAUGUCUUAUUUCGAGCUGUGACCGAGUCAAUGUUGUCAAAAUGUCAUUGUCGACGUGGCGCCGCAUGAGUAUCAAUUUCUCAGAUAUCUAUCAGGCGUAGGUCGUUGCAGCCCCGGAUUCCUCCAUCGCCCAUCGGGCUGCUAGUCUGCCUUGCGCUGAGCACGAACAAGCAUAAGUUUGAUGAACGUUGCAGGGUCUCCCCGCUUCAGUCCAAACGCUGUGCGAUCCC